AUUCGUCGCGACGACGUCGAAACCCAUAUGGAGGAGGCAGCAGCCAAGGUUGCUGCCAAAAUGAGCGCGGGUUACCUUUCGUUGCGACCUCUGGAACGAGUCUCGGAGAGAAUCAGGGAGACGAUUGCGGGUGCCACGCAGAUGAUGAUGAACGGAUGCACCUACGCGCAAAUUCAGGAGGUAGGUUUUACCCUGCACAGAUGA